GAUGACAUUCAAUCUGCUGACGAAAUUAAAUGUUUUGACGUAGGCGGCACCUUGACGGUGCGCACGAGGCACCGGCUUUAGGCUUUAUAAGCACGAUGAGAACCGGGAACAGGAGUAGUUUACCAGAACUGCAGGGUAUCUCAGCCUCCAGGACUCCUCGCAGCUCUACUUCUUCUUCCAAAGUAAAGAGACAAAAAACUUCAACAUGAACGGCCACUGCAACGUUAAGGUCAAUGACACCGUGGAGGAGUUCCACUGCAACAACAGCUUCAGCGACCUCAUCAUAGACACCAAGAAGUCCGUCGUGCACCGCAAGCACGAGACGUCCCGCAAAAAGGACGAGGACAAUUCCCGCUUACCUGCUCUCGAGGUCGCCUACACCAGCAUCCUCCGCGAACUCGGGGAAGACACGGACCGGCAGGGACUGCUGCGCACGCCGCUGCGAGCCGCCAAGGCCAUGCAGUUCCUGACCAAGGGCUACCACGAGACCAUCGAAGACGUCUUAAACAAUGCCAUAUUUGAUGAAGACCACGAUGAGAUGGUGAUUGUGAAGAACAUAGACGUGUUUUCACUGUGUGAACAUCACCUGGUGCCAUUUUUUGGCAAGGUUCACAUCGGGUAUAUUCCGAACAAAAAAGUGGUGGGACUGAGCAAGCUGGCAAGAAUUGUGGAGAUCUACAGUCGGAGGCUUCAAGUUCAAGAGCGUCUGACUAAGCAGAUUGCCGUUGGAAUAUCAGAUGCUCUGCACCCGAAAGGUGUAGCUGUGGUUAUUGAAGCAGCGCACAUGUGUAUGGUCAUGCGUGGUGUGCAGAAGAUGAACAGCCGCACAGUGACUAGCACCAUGUUGGGAGUUUACCUGGAGGACCCCAAAACCCGGGAGGAGUUCCUGACUCUUUCACAGAACGCCUAACAAAAGUCAUUUACUCCAGGUCCUCUGUAGCACACGGAAAGCUCUAGCCUGCGUAUCCGUAUCUGCGUAUCCUCUGACUUUUAAGGAAACAUAUAAUCCAAUAGCAGGAAACAUAAAGCUGCGGUUUAAUGCAGGAUCCUAGCCAACUCUGGAGCUCAUCUCAAUACACCAACGCCUGAUAGAUUUCAGUCCUGCUGCAGAAAUCCAUCACUGUGAACAUCAUAGGAAAUAUAAGACUCACAUUCUUGGUGCCUUUGGUAGAUAUUUUACAGUCUUACAUGGCAAUAUUGUUGUUAUAAAGUAUAAAACCUGUUGUUGUAACAUGUCAAUACUUAACCUUUUUUUUUUAUAAAUUGGAAGUAUCAUUGAUGCUUUAUUAUCAUAUUUAGAAUCCACUUAUUUAAUGAACUAUGUGUCAUUUAUAGAUCCAUUUAUAAGGUCUUUGUAAUAUAUGACAUUUCUAAGAUACAAAUUAUUAUAUCUGCAGUACAAAGUGCAGAAUAAAGGAUGUAUUGCUAUUAGUUUUAUCAAUGACAACUGUUGCAUGUAUUUUGAUGAAUCUUUGCUUAAAUAAAAUGAUGGAAAUUAUGAAAGUUGUUUUUACCGUCCUGUCCACGAGGAAAUAAGAGAUGAUGUACUUUUUUAGUCAAAUUACCUCCAUUUACAUUGACUUCAUUUGGCUGGAGUUUCAUGAAGAGAACAUUUGUUUGUAGCGGAUUUUAUUUGCCAAGCUUUUGAGAGAAGGCAGAAUAUUUAGUUUAAGACAGAGCAGUAAAAUAACCAAAUCAUUUUAUAAUAUAAUGAAAUGCUUGACCAGUCUUGAA